CGUCAAUGUUUACAACUUUGCAAUACCUAACCCUUCCAAACUGGGAAAUAAAGAAAUUUUUUCCUACACAACAAAAUUUAACAAUAGUUAACAUGUGGUAAAUUCGAAAUUGCGCCAUUCUUCAGUGCCAUCCAUUGUUAUAGAAAUUUAAAAUGAAUUUAAACGAUUUAUCAAAAACUGUUAUUACUUCCAGCUCCGAAUGUUCAAAAGAAUGCAGAAAUAUUUUGUUAAAAGUUGCGUUGUCUAUAAAUCAGUUUCCCAAUCAAGAUCGCGUGAAAGUUAUCGACAAGAUUUCAAGUGACCAUAACAUCCCCAAGCACAAAGUACUCGAACUCCUAGGAAUAUAUUUAGCCAUUGUUCAACUGUUUGUGGAAUCGUCUGACAAAGAAUUCAACGCAAGAUUGAUAGAACUGGGAUUCUCAAAUGAGUUUGUUGCAGAUUUGCCUUUAGUUAGUAAUAGGAGCAAAGUUGUAGAAACUAUUUUAAACGCAAGAAGGGGAGAAUUUUGCAAACUUGUUUCCUUAAAAUGGAGAAUUGAUAUAAGUUUAACCCACAGUGUUCUGAGUAAGAAAAUUCCCACCAGUGUAAUUUUGUGCCUUCAACUCAAAAAUGGACGUAAAUAUACAAUCAACGUCAAUAUUAGGACAUUCCAUAAAUUAAGAUAUAAUGUAGCUUUAAUACUGAAAGAAGUUGCUAAUUUAAAACUAAAUCAACAAGUUAAUAAAUAAAGUUAUUUCAGUGAU